GUAGCUCGCUGGCUGCCGUCCGGAGAACACGGUCCAACGAGGAUCUCUGGCAGCUGAGAAAAACGUGCUUGAAGAAGGAUAGCAUACUUCGCAGAUACUUACGCAUAUUAUCCAAAGAAAAAAAAUCAGCACAAUGGAUCCGAACGGGUUUAAAGAUUUUGCCGGUGAAAUGGCAAAUUUUAUUACCAACUACCUGGAGAACAUCAGAGAAAGGCGAGUCUUGCCGAUUGUUGAGCCUGGGUACAUGAAGCCACUCCUGCCCAUCGAAGCUCCCCAAUCACCAGAAAAUUGGGAAGACGUGAUGACCGAUAUCGAGAGAGUCAUCAUGCCCGGAAUAACGCACUGGCAAAGUCCGAAAUUCCACGCGUACUUUCCAACGGCUCAAUCGUACCCAGCGAUAGUUGCCGACAUGUUGAGCGGUGCCAUUGCUUGCAUCGGCUUCACAUGGAUUGCGAGCCCAGCAUGCACCGAAUUGGAAGUGAUCAUGCUCGACUGGUUGGGUAAGAUGCUGGACCUUCCAUCAGCGUUCUUGUCCUCCAGCGGCGGAAAAGGUGGUGGCGUUAUUCAGGGAACUGCUAGUGAAGCCACGCUGGUGGCUCUCCUCGGGGCAAAAGCGAAAAUGAUUAACCGAGUGAAGGAAGAGCAUCCAGACUGGACUGCGAACGAAAUCGUGGGAAAACUGGUCGCCUACGCAUCCUGUCAGGCUCACAGCUCUGUUGAACGCGCUGGUAUACUAGGAGGAGUACAAUUCAGACUUCUCGAUGUUGACCAGAAGUACAAACUGAGGGGUGAUACUUUGGCUGAUGCCAUUCGCGAGGACAGGGAAAAAGGACUGAUUCCAUUUUACGUUGUAGCUACCCUGGGAACCACCUGUUCCUGCGCCUUUGAUAACCUUGAGGAAAUAGGAAUAGUUUCGAACCGUGAGCAGGUUUGGCUGCACGUUGAUGCCGCUUAUGCAGGGUCUGCUUUCAUCUGCCCCGAGUUCCGGUACUUGAUGAAAGGCGUCGAGAGGGCAGACUCAUUCAACUUCAAUCCUCACAAGUGGAUGCUGAUAAACUUCGACUGCUCAGCUAUGUGGCUCAAGGACCCGAGCCACGUCGUUAACGCUUUCAACGUAGACCCGCUUUACCUGAAGCACGAUGCUCACGGCUCACUCCCAGAUUACCGACACUGGCAAAUUCCCCUGGGGCGCAGAUUCCGUGCUCUCAAGUUAUGGUUUGUUCUGCGAUUAUACGGCGUGCAGAACCUGCAGAAGUACAUUCGUUCCCACGUUGCUCAAGCCCACGAGUUCGAGGCUCUGGUUUUGGAGGAUCCUCGUUUCGAAGUUGUCGCAGAAGUCAUAGUUGGUCUCGUUUGCUUCAGACUCAAGGCUUCAAAUGACGUUAACGAGGUUUUACUGAAGCGGAUCAACGGUGCUGGUAACAUCCACCUGGUACCAUCGAAGAUAAACGACGUUUACUUCCUAAGAUUUGCGGUCUGUUCCCGAUACAGCGAAAGCUCCGAUAUCCAGAGUUCGUGGAAGGAAAUAAAGUUACGCGCUGAAGAAGUCCUCGCUGAGCAACCGAAUUCCAAGUGAUGGCGGGCUCAAAUCGUGCGCAGUUGCAGGGCGCUCAUCCCACCUACGAGCUGCAAUCAAUCCUAAUUUAUUUUUUUUAAAUAAAAUAUCAAAUCGUUUGAAAUUUUACCAAGAUGCAUUUGAACGCUGACCUUAACAGUCAGUGAUUGUUAAUUACGGUCAGGAUUGCCAAUCAAUCUGGGGGUAUUAUUCCUUGGCGUUCAGCUGCACUACUAUUCCUAAUUCCUCAUGAUAUUAGGGUACGUACUUAUCGAUCUGCGAUAUUGUUUCCAGUGUACAGCACGCUUGUACCGAUUAUUUUUAUCAAUUGCAGCAGUUUGAUGAGUAACUCGUAUGUGUGUAAUGAUUUGCAAGUGUUUGUGAAAUCGUUCAACUCCCUGAUCCCCCUAUACGUGUAUAUCGAAAUGUAUUAGAAGCAGUUGCAUAGUUUAUUACUAGAAUACCACGUCCACUUCUAUACAUAAUUGUUAAUAGGUGUAUGAUAAAUGUUUUUAGAAUGAUAAGCCCUAAUGAAA